GCGCCACCGCCACCGGCCGCUGGCUGUGUUUACAAUUUUUAUUUGCUUACGCUGGUUACGCAGGGAAGAUUCGCGCGUCCCUGUAACCGAAGAUGUCGGCUGCCAAGAGCACUCCGAAAGACGCCCAAGUCAUGGGCGCGAUCUUGAAAGACAUGGGGAUCAUCGAGUACGAACCCCGAGUCAUCAACCAGAUGCUAGAGUUCACGUACCGUUACGUAACCAACAUCCUAGACGACGCGAGGCUUUUUUCGACCCAUGCUAAGAAGCGGGUCGUGGACGUUGACGACGUUCGACUGGCCAUCCAGAUGCAAGCUGACAAGAGCUUCACUUCACCGCCGCCAAGAGACCUUCUGAUGGAAAUAGCGCGCCAGAAGAACAGCACGCCACUGCCGCUCAUCAAAGCCAAUGCCGGUCCCAGACUGCCCCCCGACAGAUACAGUCUGACAGCCUGUAACUAUCGCUUCAAGUCCGCCAAGAAGCCCAGGAUUCAAAUGGGACUUCCUCCCCAGCUCAACUUGUCAUCCAUGCAAGGAAAUGCUGGUUCUGGCCUCUCCAAAGUGAACCCUGCACUGAACCUGGGCAGCAAGACGGGGGCCACGCUUGCUGUCGUGUCAAAGCCGUCGUCCGCACCCACAGUCACCAUCGUCUCUCGGCCGGCCAACAAGUCCCAUCCCACGCCCAUCAUCAAGCUCUCCCAAAGACCACCCCCGACCUUGAGCACGUCGGUGUCCUCGGGGCCCGCGGUCUCUUCUGUGACGCCAGUCACCGGCCCCCCACAAGUGGCAGCGACAUCCGCGGUCCCGGCCACUUCGGCGUUGUCCGUCGCGGCACCCACUUCAGCGCUUGCGGGCGGGGCGAGUCUCGCCGGCACCUUUACGACCGGCGCUUCUUCAGGGACGGUGGUUCAGCCCGCCAUGCUGCCCAUCAUCAACAUCAAGAGCGAGAACAACGGUGCGGAGGCCGACAAGAAAAGGAAGAGGGAGGACGACGAUUACGACGCUGACUGA